GCUCUACCAAGCCAAGCAAGCUGUCGAACAGCUGAGUGGCAUCUCUGGUAUGAUGCAUGAUAUGUGCUUCAAUUUGUGCGUCGGUUUCACAGGUCAAUUUGCACACCUUGAGUCUUGUCCGAUAUGUGGCUCUUCAUGCUAUGACCAGCUCAUUCUUGUGCAAAGUAGUGGCAAGAAGAAAGUCGCAUGCAAGCAGUUUCCAACUGUUCCCAUCGGCCCACAACUCCAGGCUAUGUUUUGUGAUCCUCAGAGCGCCAUUGAUAUGCAGUACCAGGGUAAAAUCAAGGACAUGGACGUUGUUCUUAUGAUGUCGAUCGAUGGUGCUCAGCUCUACCAAUGCAAGGAAUCGGAUUGUUGGAUUGCGAUUUGGGCCUCAAAAUAUGGGAUGCCUCUCGUAACAUCAAUUAUUUGUCGUUUCUGUUCCUUGCACUUGGUACAGCCAACGGACCUGGACUUGCUUACCUGAAUGGUUUUGUUGGACACCACGGAAAAAAUGGUUGUCGUUUAUACUGCGGGCUCAGAGGAUGACACAAAAUGGGCUGCGCACACUACUAUCCUGUGCUGCUGAAACCACACGAUUACAACAUCGCCGGCUGCAGUCAUCCUGAUGUCAAUGUCAACAACAUUUGGGGUGCGUCUGCAGAGAUGUAUUGGAACAAUCUGAUCUAUGUCCUACAAUCAUCCAAUGAGACAGAGUACAAACAACGCCGACUUGAGACCGGCAUCUCGAAACCCUCCAUAUUCCUUGGCUUUCCUGCUGAACGAACACUUGGAAUUCCGAAGUGUUUUGGUUCUGACAUAAUGCACCUUCUCUCGCUCAAC